ACCAGCUGUUUUACAGUGAUUCAAGGCCUUCAAGGUGUUCGAUAUAUUUAAACAAAACAUCCAAACCAAAAAGGUUUAUUUGAUAAUUUUCUUGUGUCGCUAAGUAAAAUUAAUUAAAUAAACUACCAAAAUGUGUGCAAAAAUGGCAUUUCAGCACCAAGCUGGCACAGCUAUGGAGUGUUUGAGUAUACCAAUUACAUUGCAUAAAGAAGUAUGUGGGGACCAAAUGCGUUGUGGCUUCAAAAUUGGUGGAGGGAUCGAUCAAGAUUAUCAUAAAAGUCCGCAGGGAUACACUGACAAUGGUAUUUAUGUCACCGAAGUUCAUGAAUCAAGUCCAGCAUCAAGGGCUGGUUUAAGGGUCCACGAUAAAAUACUACAGUGCAACGGUAUUGAUUUUACAAUGGUAACACAUAAAAAAGCUGUUAGCUAUAUCAAGAAAAGUCCAACACUAAGUUUAUUAGUGGCACGAAAAGGUGUGACAUCAACAUAAACAUUUUUAUCCAAAUAUCAUAUCUCUCUCAUUCCAUUCAACUAUUAAGUAUCUUUAGUUACCAUCAAGAUAUGCUUCUUAAGAAAUAAUUACAUAUUGCUAGUUAUCAUGACAGUAUAUAUUUAAUUUUAAUUCUCAGAUAAAGGUAGUUAAACUGAUGAUUUAUUAUGCAUAUACGUAACGUAUAUGACUUCUUUUUAUAUAUAAAUGAAAGUAUUCAUUGAAAAUGCCAUAUUAUAAUAUUAAGUUUAGUAUUUUAUUAUAUUUAGAUAAUAACUGUUACUUAGUUUUUAAAUCAGUAAAACAAAUAAAAUGUUAUACUUAACCACAUGAGUGUUAAGAAUCAAAAUAUCUCUAGAAUAUUACACAAAAGCAAAAAAAAGCAUUUUAUUUGUUCUAUUUGUUGUAUAGUAGAAGCUUCAUAAUUGUGUUUGAAGGUCCUGCGUGUUAAAAUAUAUGGUUGCAAAUCGA